AUGUCGGUGCACAUGACGAACGCAGCAACAAGUCUAGACGCACCCGGAACCGCAGUAAGGUUCAGUCUCCAGGAGGUCAUCGGUCCGAAGGCGACCUGGACAUCAGUCGGACGGCUUCAGGUCCUCUGCCGGACGACGGUCGAAGACGUAGUUGGAAAGGCCCGAAAUUAUUAUGAUCAUGUCUUGUGUCUUGACAAAAAAGUGGCCUCCACCCUCGUCCAACGCUCUACGGUGUUCGUCGCAAACUCCCGGAAGACGAUGUGGACUGCAUCAGGCAGACUACUCCACGUGAUGCGUCGGACAACGGUGGACGACGUUGUUGUCAGAGCUCGAAAAAUGGCCCCUUCCCUCUUAAGACGCUUGAUGAUCGUCGUCGCAGACACCCUGGAGGGCAAAAUAAUUUAUGCCAGGCUGUUGCCGCGAAUCUCUGGGCUGUACUGCGACGGCCAUACGACCUUCAAGGCUUUAAGGUUUAUUCACGACGUCGAAAAAAUCGUCAAGCAGUUCUUGAGGGAAACCGGCCUAGGUUGGGGCAAACUGGCAGCGAGCAGACUUCGCCGUUCGCCGGCCGUACGGCAAACGGUGCUGCAAGUGGUGCGGCCAGCGGACGACCAUGCGUCAAAUUCAUUGACCAGUUGUGCAUUUUACGACAGAGAUACCCGGCCACAUUUGUUGAUGGUGCCAUGGCGACCCGGGUGGCCCGUGCUGUUACCGGCGUCCUGGAUGCCAGCGGUGGUCACCAGAAGCUGUUCUAUACCGCGGCCGACAAGCGCACAUCAGUUGCUGGACGACCAGACCAUGAUGCCGCUCGUUACAGCUCGUUACAGGGGCCCAAACGAACCAGUGGACGACCAUGCAUCAAAUGCGUUGACUAGUUGUGCAUUUUACGACAAAGACACCCGGCCACAUUUGUUGAUGGUGCCAUGGCGACCCGGGUGGCCCGUGCUGUUACCGGCUUCCUGGAUGCCAGCGGUGGUCACCAGACGCUGUUCUACCCUGCAGCCGACUAGCGCACAUCAGUUGCUCGACGACGAUACCGUGGUGCCGCUCGUAAUAGCUCUUAACAGGGGCCCAAUCGAAUCAGUGGACGACCAUGGCCAAGUCCAGUUGGACCACGAUCGGAAGAUAUCUUCGGACGUGUCCGAUGUCACUUUUUUUUCGGUAAUCGUUCUGACACCAUUGGCCGUAUUCUGGACGGCGGGCAUGUAA